AGAAGAAACCAUAUUCAGCUUUAUAGAUGAGUGCCUACGCGGCCCUAAAGGAUAAUUCCUCGUUAGGAUCAAUAUUCCAUGAAAGUGGUGAUGCAUAUGAAGACGAUGGUGAUGAUGGAAUUCAUUACCAAGCCAAUUCCUCCGAUGAAGAAAUUUACACUGAGAAUCGGAAUCCAUUCACAGCCUUGUCUACAAAGUCGAUUCCCAACUCACAAAGACCACGAGAAAUGGAUCCGCCAAAGGUAAUUUCAUGGUCUAAAUAUAUACCUAGUAGGGAUAAUACAGUAUUUGGGGAGAAUUAUGUCAUAUUUGGCUUGAAAACAGGCGAAUAUCUUGUUCUAAAUGGUCAAUUCACUGUAACAAUCCAAAAAGGUUCCAUUUUGAUUAACCAAUGUCACUACGUCGCAGCUAAUCCAUAUAAAUCAUAUAAAAUUGUUGCAUUGCAAUCCCAAUCGUUGCCUAUAAUAUCAAGUACCCAGUCAAUUGAUACACUGAAUGAAACGUUCGCCAGUAAAACCGAAGAGAACGCACAUCUAUUUACAGGUGAAUUCAAAUCAAUAGUUAAGAUACAUAAUAUGGUGACAGGUAUAGAGAGUAUAGGUAAAUAUUAUCCUCCUUUGAAGGGUCUAUUAUUUGGCAAUGAAAAUGAUGAGGAUAUUAUUACCACAGACGAAGCUAUGUUCCAAAAGUAUUCUUUUGAAAUUAUAUUGAGAGAGAAAGGAUUUCUGGCACUUUCUGUCAGUAAAAUGUGGCUGGAAAAGAUGAUUGAAAUAGCUAACAACAAUCUAGAUUCAGAUACGAACACUACCAUGGUCAUUGGAAAUAAAAACAGUGGGAAGUCUACUUUUUCAAAACUCCUUUUGAACUCCUGUCUUCUACUGAAUAGCAGUUACCCUGUUUGUUAUUUGGAUCUAGAUCCAGGUCAAUCAGAACUAUCACCACCUUAUUGUAUAUCGCUUUGUCUUCUAUCUGAAAUCAAUUUUGGUGCAUGGUUUCCAUCAGCAAGCAUCAAAGAUCGCCAUGAUCAAUAUUUUGGAUAUACCAGCCCAGUUCAUUUGCCAGAUAGGUAUCUUGAAAUUGUCGAAAGUUUAUUUAGCUGUUAUGAAACGAUAUAUAGACCAAAAGGUUACCGGUUGAUUAUCAACACCCCUGGAUGGAUUAAAGGCUAUGGGAAAGAACUAUUGACUAAUAUUACCGAGAAAGUCAAUCCAGAUACAUUAAUUUUGUUGUCAAGUUCUUUGGAUUUAGAGAGUGAAGAGAACGCUGAAAUUUUGCAAAAUUUACAAUUUAAAUCAUUGACAAUUCUCCCCGGAAUCUUUCAGCUCUCAAAGUACUCCCCUUCACAAAUUAGGGUUCUAAAUAAGAUGCUAUAUUUCCACCAGACAGCCCCAGGGAAAUUUGAUUUCCAAUCUCACAUUCUAGAUCAGUCCCCAUUGAAGCUUUCUUACGAGACUACAGAGGUCGACUUGACAGCCUUUAGAGGAAUAAAUGCCGUGUCUGUGUUGAAUCACUCCAUUGGAAUAAAUUUCGACUACCAAGAUUUAUUCACUUUAAUAGAAUCUACAGUCAUGGGGGUAUAUUUUAUUAAGAAGGAAGUUUAUGAAGCAAUCAAGAAAUCUUUGCACCAUGGCAAACAUCACGAUAGCCAUCCCUAUUACUUGGAUCCUGGUAGUUUAUUAGAGCUACUGAAAUGCAACCCAGAUAGUGUCAGCGUAGAGUUCCUGGGCUUAUUAAUGCUCCAUAGUAUUAACAGUGCCCAGAAAUACAUGAACAUAUAUCUUCCUAGAAAUAUGAUAAAGCUGUUACAACAAAAGCUUGAGUCCAACUAUAAAAUGGUAUUGGUCCGAGGCGAAGGAGACUUACCUAGCGCUGAAAUUCUACAUCCCGGUCUUGUUUCUCGUGCAUCAAAGCGGAAUAAACAAGAGCUUUUAUUUGGUAGCCAAGCAUUGUUCCCAUAUGUGAGUUUUGAAAGAAAACCAAAACUAGGUGGGGUAUGGAAAGUGAGAAGAAAUGUUAUGAGGAGAGGCCAGCAGCGCCAAUAACAGCCCACAGGUUAUACCAUUUAGGACUAGGAUAGGGCGAUGGAAAUUUAAAAAUUAUAACAGAAAUCAGCGAAUAAGUCGAGAGUAAUAUUAAUAUUUAUUUUAGAUAAUAUCAUUUUCAAAUACAAGAGCUUAAUUGUAA